AUGGCGGCCACUGCCACCGCCAUGGCCAUAGCAACUAUCUCCCCCUCCGCCCCGAUCCCAUCCGCGCCCUUCCCAUCCCUCCCCCUCCCCCUCGGCCUCCGCCUCCGCCCUCAACCCCUCCUCCUCGCUGCCUCCCGCCGCCUCCUCCUCCCUGUCCCAAAGGCCUCCUCCUGGGACGACUCCGUCGCCGAGGAGGGAGGAGAUGCGGAGGAAUCUGCCGCCGCUGGGGACGAGGAGGAGGACGACGAGGACGAGAAGCCGCGGCCGGAGCCGAUGUCCUCCUCCGAGUUCCAGUUCGCGGCGCCCCCCGAGGGCUACGUCGAGCCCGCCGCGUUUGACGAGCUACCGCCGGAGUCCCCAGAAGACGUGGCGGCGGCGUACGAGUCUCUCUACGGGCCGGCCUUCAGCGGCGAGUCGUUGCUGGGGAACAACGUCUACGAGGUCAAGGUGGUCGACCCCAUCGACAUGGACCGGGAGCAGCGCCCCAACGACGAUUUCACCGAGCGCGUCGUGCAGGUCAACCGCGUCACCAAGGUCGUCAAGGGAGGCAGGCAGCUCUCCUACCGCGCAAUCGUCGUCGUCGGCGACAUGAAGGGGCACGUUGGCGUCGGCGUGGGAAAGGCCAAGGAGGUCACGGAGGCCAUCACCAAGGCCGCCAUGAACGGACGACGCAACCUUGUCACAGUGCCGCUCACUAAGUACUCCACAUUCCCGCACAGAGCUGAUGCGGACUAUGGAGCAGCCAGGGUGAUGUUGAGGCCUGCUUGCCCUGGAUCUGGUGUUAUUGCUGGUGGAGCUGUGAGGGUUGUGUUGGAGAUGGCUGGCGUUGAAAAUGCUCUGGGUAAGCAACUGCGCAGCAAGAAUCCCCUGAACAACGCACGAGCCACCAUCAAGGCGACGCAGACGAUGAAGCAGUUCAAGGAUGUCGCCGAGGAGCGUGGUGUACCAAUGGAGGAGCUAUGGAAAUGA